GGGCCAGGAGAAGGGGAGAUCAGGCUGCUCCCAGCCAUGUGCUGGUGCUGAGGUCUAACUUAGGCUCGUGCGUGUCUGUUCCUUUUUCUUUUCUGUUUUUUUUUUUUUUUUUUAAACUGACGUUCAGGGUUAUGUUUUAAUCCCAGGGCUCUGAACUUGCUCUGGCCAGGGAACAGGCUUGAGUGUGCAAAGGGGCGGGACGGCUAGAAUCAAUGGCUUAGGAAUCAGGGCAAACCUGGGCUGUGCAUUGCUAAUGGCUCUGGGGGGAGAGUGAAAACCUUGUGCCCCAAUUAGCCCGUAAUGAUUCCGGGAGAAGAGUGGUGGGAAGCCGUUGUGAAGGAACUACACCGGAGGUCGGUUUUGAUCCAUGGUGAAAAAGACAUUCUUCCAAGGACUAGAGGCUAAAUGCGGGGUGUACAGAGGGAAAAGGGGUCCUUUCAGUGUCCCAGCCUGACAGUCCUGAAUGGGGGAGGGGGAGAACAGGGGGUAAUGUUUAAAGUGAGACCUUAAAUGCGUCAUUGAAACAUCUAGCAAAAUCCUCCAUCCUAGCAGAGAUUUCUAAAACCUGCAUUCAUUAAUCCAAAAGGAGAGCGCCUUCCUCCAAUUCUGGGUCAGGUUUGGUAGCGCUGUAGAGGUGGAGAGGCUAAAAUGAUGGGAUAAGAGGAGAGAAACGUUCCCCUCCCCCUCCUUUCCCCCUCCCUUAGAAAGCCAACAGGGGAAAAAAAAUCCCCUGUGCACAUAGUAGCACACCCAACCUUUCAGUGCUGUGCUUGAAAGGCACAGGGAGGGGGAGCGCGAGGGAGGGAGGACGCUACAGCUUUAAGUAUUGGAAAGUCCGCCCUCCUGAGGUAAUGGUAACCUCAGUCUCUUCCCCUCCUCCUGCAAAAGGGGGGGAAAAGCCCUUGUUUUCAUUCAUAACUUUUUCCUCUUCCUUCCUCUCCGUCAACUAUUUAUUCAUCGCUUCACUCAGCUCAGAUUGCAGAGGGCGCAGCUCCACCACCGUAACUUGAAGUGUGGCGAUACUUUGCUUCCUUCCCCCCACACCUUUCUGUGUAGCAAACGAGCAAGUUAAAACGCAGCAUGCAGAUUGUUGUAGAAUUUAUUCGGACGGGGAUGCUGCCUUUUUGAAGCUGAUCUGGGAGGAAAAAAAAGUGGGGCAGUCGGGGGAACCCUGGAGAACUGGUUUGGAAGAAAUGCUGACAUACCGUACAUUGUGCUAAAAUCUGCAAUGGUUCUGAGCUUGGGCACAAAAAAUGGAUUUCAGAUGCAUGCCAGGUUCCCACUGAAUGCCAGAAGUAGAGAUCCCUACAGAUGGAGCCCCAAAGUCAACAUGGCAGUGGCGGUUCAUUAGUUGUGAUCCAGCAGCCUUCCUUGGACAGCAGGCAAAGGUUGGACUAUGAAAGAGAAAUUCAGCCGACCUCUAUCUUGUCAUUGGACCAGAUCAAGGCCAUAAGGGGCAGCAAUGAGUAUACUGAAGGCCCAUCUGUGGUGAAAAAGUCUGGUCCACAAACAGCUCCAAGACAAGAAAAGCACGAAAGGACUCAUGAAAUCAUACCAAUUAAUGUGAAUAAUAAUUAUGAGCACAGACCCAGCCACUUGGGACCCGUGGCACACCAACAUAACGUAAGGGCUCCUGUGUUGAGCAGAUCGAUUAGCACUGGAAGUGCGGCUAGUUCUGGAAGCAACAGCAGUGCUUCUUCAGAGCAGGGGUUGUUGGGAAGAUCGCCCCUGUCUAGGCCAGGUUCAAGCCACAGAUCUGAAAGGACAAUCCGGACGCAGCCCAAGCAGUCAUCUUUGAUGGUAGAUGAUCUGAAGGGUCCCUUGAAAGAGGACUUGACGCAGCACAAGUUUAUCUGUGAACAGUGUGGGAAGUGCAAAUGUGGUGAGUGCACAGACCCGAGGGCCUUACCUUCUUGUUUGGCCUGCAACAGGAAGUGCUUGUGCUCUGCAGAGAGCAUGGUGGAGUACAGUACCUGCAUGUGCCUGAUCAAAGGGAUCUUCUACCACUGUUCCAAUGAUGAUGAAGGGGACUCGUAUGCGGAUAAUCCCUGCUCUUGUUCCCAGGCACAUUGCUGUUCUAGGUACCUGUGCAUGGGAGCAAUGUCCUUGUUUUUGCCUUGCUUGCUCUGCUAUCCUCCUGCUAAGGGAUGCCUGAAGCUGUGUCGAGGGUGUUAUGACCGGAUCAAUCGUCCUGGUUGCCGAUGUAAGAACUCCAACACUGUCUAUUGUAAACUGGAGAGCUGCCCGUCUCGGAGUCAGGGGAAGCCCUCAUAAUUUUGGAGGGAGAUUUCACUUCUUCAAACACUUGCUUUCAGGUUGUGGCUAAUUUUCUGUUCGUGUGGGGUUUACCCCUGCCCUCAUUCCCUGCCUUCUCCACUUUACGUACCCAAGUUUUUUCCUUUGCACCCUCCAUAUCCCCUCUCUCAACUCAGAUAGGUGUGGAGUAUUUUACUCAGUCAUGUUUAUUUCAGUCUUUGGUAAGCAUGGACUGUGUGCCUGCAUUUGGCACCUCAGCUUGACAGGGCCUCUUAGGUUUGUAAGUAAUCCACACAUGAAAGAGACAGUGAGGGCUAAUGGGCUUUUCUGCAGCCUCUUGCUCUGCAAACAACUUCCCCAAUGUGUCCUUUUGUUCUCUGCAACUCUCUCUCUUUUUGGUUCCAAGAAAUAAUUCUACCUUAUUUCAUGAGCAGGCUGGAUUAAUCUUGAGGGGGUUGGAACCGUAGAAAAUAUAAGGCUGGCUUUUACUCCAUAGUGCAAAGAACCUGCUUUUCCCUCUGUUCCCCAACCCUUCUUGGAAUUGUCUCAGUCUAGAGACUUGCCUGGCUGGUACAUUUUUUUUUCUUUCUUUCUUUCUUUCUUUCUUUCUUUUAAAUGUAGUUUUGGUUUUUGCUUCACUAUAUAGAUCUUCACAUUGGAGACAUUAUGACUGCAAUUCGUUCAUCUGUUUCUCUUGCUUUCAAAUCUGUGAAGGACAUCACCCACUCCACCCCUUUUCCCCAUGUUUCUGUGGUCAUUGAGAUCCUGUUGAUACUGAUGUUAAAGUUGGCGGUGUUUGCAUAUCUGAAUAAUCUUCAGGUGUCACUGAAUUAAGUUACCUACAUGUUCCUGGAUCUUUAACACUUCUCUUAUUUCCUUGGUUAGUGAAUUUAGCUCUGCCUUGUGCUUCAUAACUUUAAUCUAUUCCAUGUUUUAUUGCCUUAGCCACAAAUUGUGGUCUUUUUUUUGUAUAUUUUAUGUAUAAAACACAAAGUUGAAUCCCGACUAUUUUUAAGACAAAAGUCUGUUUAAAACUUUUUUUAUUGUAAAGAAUAUUUAUUAUGUGAAUCUCUAUUAUUUUAUGAUAUUUAUUACAAAGGACUGUUUGAAAAAUGUACUCAUGUCUGAAUAUAACAAAAUAUCAAUACUUAACAAAAAUAAGGGUGACACAAAGAAAGUACGUAUGUUAACUAUAAUGCAGAAAAUAUAUUAAUUAAUGAAAAUGUCUCUUGAGUUUUUCAUUUUAAUAUACUGGUAGGUUGUGCUAUAGUUUCCAUGUCCAUAUUGCAAAGUGUCUUGCUAUUUUUUUUUUUUCUCCUUGUGCACUGCCGGGGUGGUUGAAUAACCAAUACUGUGAAGACACUAAUAUGUGUUCAAGUCUUGUUUGUCUAAUUUUGGUGUUGAAAAUUCAUUAUCAAAUGAGUUUUCACUAUGAGAUAUUUAAUAAAAUGGAAUAUGUGUAAUUUG